AUGGAUUCAGCUAUCGAUGUAGACAACCUAAACUUCGACUAUGGUGGUCCGGCCAUUCUGAAAGAUAUGAAUUUGAAACUUGAACGAGGCUCACGUUGCUUGUUGGUGGGCGCCAAUGGUGCUGGCAAAACAACCUUGUUACGUAUCUUAGCAGGCAAGCGCAAAGUACCCGGCAAUGUCCAUGUCUUUGGCAAGAAUGCAUUCCUCGACGCACCCUCUGGAGUGACCUACUUGGGGACUGAAUGGGCCAAUAACCCCAUUGUCAAGAGCGAUCUCACGGUCGAGUAUCUUCUUAUGAGCAUGGGUAGUCAUCGUUGGCCCGAGCGGACAGCCAAGUUGUUGCAAGUGCUUGAUGUGGAUAUCCAUUGGCGUAUGCACCAGCGAUCGGAUGGCCAACGUCGUCGUGUACAAUUGGUGAUGGGUCUUUUACAGCCUUGGGAUCUCUUAUUGCUUGAUGAAGUUACAGUCGAUUUGGAUGUUCUUGUUCGUGCCGAGUUUUUGAAUUAUUUACGCGAAGAGACUGAGCAACGUGGUGCAACCAUUCUUUAUGCUACCCAUAUCUUUGAUGGAUUGGCACAAUGGCCUACUCAAGUGGCUCAUGUUGCCGAUGGUACCCUUCUUAGCAUGAAUGACAUGGAAAAUUGCCAAGAAUUGGAGGAUAUCAAGCAAUACCAUCGAGACAAUAACAUUUUGGAUUCACCCCUGAUGGCUCUUUGUUACAAAUGGCUACGUGAAGAUCAUGCUCGACUCAAGGCCAAGCCUGUUGAUCCAUCCACUGGUCAGCCACAUACGAAAUGGGACGAUCUCAGUGAGGACAUGAAGCUACAUGGCGACAAGUAUUACAAUUACUGGAAAUAG